AUGAUAGAUGUACUCAAGGAAACAUUCUUGGACACGCUGUCUCCGAUACCGGAAGACCGUUCCGAGGGCCACUAUGUUCUCUCCAAGGCAGCCAGACACCCGGAUUUCGUACCCUCCGUUCUCCUGAUUAUUGCGGACCCUUCGGUUGACGAACCGAUCCGAAAAGCAGCCGCCGUGAUCUUGAUCGACCACGUUAAGUCCUGCUGGGUGGUUCCGCCAUCCUUUCCGGUUUUUACUGAUGAGGAUCAUCAAGCUUCGCUGAAUCCACCUUUACUGGGUCCCGAGAAAGAGCUGAUUAAAUCUCAAAUUGUUUCAUUGAUGCUCGAUUCGGGUCCCAACAUUCAACCACUGAUAAUUGAAGCCAUAUUAGAAAUCUGCUCGAUUUAUGGGGUUUUAAGCUCAAUUAAUGCUCUCUUUGAUAAGUUUAAGGAUGAGGAGUUGCGAAUUGAGUACUGUCCAGAUAUUUUUGCUCAUCCAUUAUCCUCAGUGUUUCAGAGGAUCGCCGGGUUAUUAUUAGAUCUGUCUGCUGAUCCAACUGUUCUCAGCUACUACAUUGACUCCCAAACUCUGUGCUGUUUGGACCUGGACUAUAAAAAUAAUGAGUUGGUGUCCGCACUUGAUGAGUUACGGGCUGCUGUUUGUGAGAAUAUUAGUCUUUUCAUAGAGAAAGAUGAUGAAACCUUCAUCAAUGAUUAUUUGAUUGGGUUUGUGGACACUAUUUGGGGUCUCCUUCUUGCUGCCUCACCCUCUUCUUGUAGGGAGGAAGUUACCAUUAAGUUCUUAACUUGGGUUAGCUCGAGUCCACGUCAUGAUCUGUUUGCUAGCGACCACAUUUUGCAGCAAGUUGUUCAGGGGAUUCUUGAGCCGCUCGCCUUGCUUCCUGUUUUGUUGUUGUUUCUGGAUUUGGAAUCAAUUCUUCUUCGUUCAUAUGCAGCAACCUGCAUUGAGAAAUUCAUGUUGGCGAAAUAUGAUGUUAGGCUGUGGUACUCUACAGAUAUGCUCGCCGAAAAGGUACCGAGGAAACUUGUCAGUGCGUUGGAGCUGGAACCCGAGGGGAAUGAGUAUGUGAUGAAGUGUAUCUUGAGGGUUCUUGGAGUGGUUGAAGUCUCACCUGAUGUUGCUUUGUCUUGUCUCUAUUAUUUAAUCGAGCUUGUCGAUAUGGUUUGCAGGAAUCAGGCCAUCAAGAGCCAGGUAUUCUGUCAGUAUAUGUUUGAAUCAGUGGCUGCCCUUGUUAGACAAGCGUCCGAGAGGGAUCCAUCUAUAUUUUCUGCACUUGAAGCUGUGCUUUUCCCUAGGAUGCAAUUUCAGGUUUUCGUGCACGAGAACAUAGGUGAAUUCUUACCGUACGCUCUCCAGCUGCUGGUACGGCUUGUGGAGUUAAUUCGCAAGCCUAUGCCUACCGAGUAUGUCGAGAUAUUUGAGGAACUUCUGACUUGCAAUUUAUUGGGUGUCUCCAAUUAUGUUGUUCCUCUUGUUUAUUUGCUUCAGACUUUCCUUCGGAAUUUGCCUCAUGAUGUGUUGGUUCAACAGGGAAAGCUAAAAAAUGUUCUCUAUAAAUGCUCUGAACUGCUGUCCACUAGUAGCUCACCUGAUCAAGGACUGUUCGCCCGCGAUGAGGACGUGAAGUUUCUCAAUAAGCUUGUGAUAUUCAUGUCGCUAUUUGUUGUUAGUUACGGUGUAGAUAAACUUGUGGCUUCUAUCAACGCUGUUAAGAACGGGUUAUUUCUUCGCUUUUUGGAAAAGGUCUGGAUACCUAAUCUUGAAAUGGUCACUGGUUUCAUUAAAAUGAAGCUAACUUCAGUUGCUACGACCAAACUUAUCUGCGAAUCGCCAAAUAAUAUUUGGGAAUCCGGUCAUGCUGGGAAACUGCUUAACAAUCUUGUUUCAAGAUUUGAGGAGCGAGCAGUUGCGGAUGAGUUGGAAGUUCUCGAUGUCGUGGAUUGGAAGAGAGAAGAGGACCAUCUGGAUGAAAUUAAGGACACGAAACAGUUUAUGGUGGUUUCCUUGUCAAAAUUAUGUGCUUCUUCUCCUGGAAAGUAUACUGAUUUUAUUGCAAACAGUCUUGAUCAAGCUAGUCAGGCUGCAUUGUCUCGGGUCCGCGCAACUUAUGAUGUAUCUUUAGUUUGA